AUGUCAUCAGCAUUUGAAUCAAUCAUAUCACAGAUCGUUUCUGAUACUCCAAGUGGUGAGGUUAAGGAGGUUUAUCAGGAUUUAAUUACCAUUGCUGGUGAAAAUUCCAAGGAUGUGAUCAUCGAAGCUAUCGAGCAGUACAACGUCAAAAAUACGAUUCCAGUAGAUGUCAAUGGCAAGAAUGUGAUACUUUCCCCAUAUAACAAGGAAGGUUCCAAAUUUUUCGACCCAGCUCAAGCAAUUGAAUUUUCAGUGGAUCAUUUAAAUCGUAAAGGUUUAGACGUUGCACCUUUUCAAGGUUCAAAGCUUAAUGAGACCCAACAGGAAUAUUUAAAGGAAUUGAAUAAAUAUGUGGAAAAGGAUUUCACAGGACAAGUUUCUGUAGCGGUUUACCCAGUUCCACAGGAAGAAUCAAAAACGGCUAUCAUUAUUGUAAGUACAAAAUAUAAUCCAGGUAAUUUUUGGAACGGUGCAUGGAAAUCUGAAUAUGUUUACGAUUCACAUUUGAAACAACUCAAGGGAUUUAUUGAUGUUCAAGUUCACUACUAUGAAGACGGUAACGUUGGCUUCAAAUCAAAGAAGGACGUAGAAAUUACAGACUCUGAAUCACCAAUCAAAUCAAUUCAACAAGUGGAAACGAGUUUUGAAAAUGACUUGGACGUAUCAUUUACAGAAUUGAAUGAGAAGCAAUUUAAACAACUGAGAAGAAGAUUACCAAUUACUAGAUCACGGGUGAAUUGGGGGAAGGCCAUCGGUAAUUACAGAUUGGGUAGAGAUGCUGCACAGGGGAAACCACCACAGGCAUAA